CAGCGAGAAGUUAAAUUUUUAAUGCAUGUUUUUUUCCUUGCCUGGCAGGCCCGGGAGCCGAAGGGAUCCGCGUCGGGAGCCUGCACCUCUGCUCCCGUCUGGGGUUCAGUUUGCAUCAUUUCUGCACCGAUUUAAAAAAGCCACCCCCCCCCCCCAAAAAAAAAAAAAAAAGAGCAGCCCCAGCCCACACACAACAUGUUGUGCGGAAGGACUUCCACUCCCUGGCUGCGCCCUUCAUGCUAGCGAUCAGGAAAAGCCUUUGGGGGCUGCAGGAUCUCUGGCGGUGGCAGCGGCUGCUGCUACGGGGUUUGGUGCAGGGAAACAAAACUGCCUCCUCCAUCCGCCCAGCUCUUCACAGCUGCGUUUGUGCUGCCACGCUCCCUCCCAGACAGACCUCGCUCCAUGGACUGAUAGUCUCUCCUCCUCUCUCUCUCUCUCUCUCUUUUUUCCCCCCCACCCCUGUAAAGGAGGACAGGAAGAAAACCAGGGCAUUGCUUUGGGAGGAACCGCACUGCAUUUAUUCAUUGUGUUCUGGUGGAUCUGUCCUGAGAUUAAUCUUCUUUUUUUGGGGGGGGGAAAGGAAAACAUGACGUCGCCAGCUAAAUUCAAAAAGGAUAAGGAGAUCAUAGCUGAAUAUGACACUCAAGUGAAAGAGAUCCGUGCCCAACUCAUAGAGCAGCUGAAAUGCCUUGACCAGCAAUGCGAGCUCCGGGUCCAGUUGCUGCAGGACCUGCAGGAUUUCUUCCGCAAGAAGGCAGAGAUCGAGACGGAUUACUCGAGGAACCUGGAGAAGCUGGCUGAGAGGUUCCUGGCUAAAACGAGGAGCACCAAAGACCAGCAAUUCAAGAAGGAUCAGAACGUCCUCUCGCCGGUCAACUGCUGGAAUCUCCUCUUAAACCAGGUGAAGCGAGAGAGCAGGGAUCACACCACCCUGAGCGACAUCUACCUGAACAACAUCAUCCCUCGGUUUGUCCAGGUCAGCGAAGACUCUGGACGACUCUUCAAGAAGAGUAAGGAAGUUGGACUGCAGCUCCAGGAAGACUUGAUGAAGGUCCUGAAUGAACUGUACACGGUGAUGAAGACCUACCAUAUGUACAAUGCUGACAGCAUCAGUGCUCAGAGCAAGCUGAAAGAGGCUGAAAAACAAGAAGAAAAGCAGAUUGGGAAGUCAGUGAGGCAAGAGGACAAGCAGACGCCACGCUCUCCUGACUCCACCUCCAACGUCAGGUUUGAAGAGAAACACGUCCGGCGAAGCUCAGUCAAGAAAAUUGAGAAAAUGAAGGAGAAGCGCCAAGCAAAAUACACGGAAAAUAAACUGAAGGCCAUUAAGGCGAGAAAUGAGUAUCUGUUGGCUCUGGAAGCCACCAAUGCGUCUGUGUUCAAGUAUUACAUCCAUGACCUGUCUGAUCUCAUUGAUCAGUGCUGUGAUCUGGGCUACCACGCAAGCCUCAACAGGGCUCUCAGGACGUUCCUGUCUGCUGAGCUGAACCUGGAGCAGUCGAAGCAUGAAGGGCUUGAUGCCAUUGAGAAUGCUGUGGAGAACCUGGACGCCAACAGUGACAAGCAGCGCCUGAUGGAGAUGUACAACAAUGUCUUCUGCCCACCCAUGAAGUUUGAAUUUCAGCCUCAUAUGGGUGACAUGGUGUCGCAGCUGUGUGCCCAGCAGCCAGUCCAGAGUGAGUUGGUACAGAGAUGCCAGCAGCUGCAGUCCAGAUUGUCCACGCUCAAGAUUGAGAACGAAGAGGUUAAGAAAACGAUGGAAGCUACGCUCCAGACUAUCCAGGAUAUAGUCACGAUAGAGGACUUUGAUGUCUCCGACUGUUUCCAGUACAGCAACUCCAUGGAGUCUGUCAAAUCCACCGUCUCUGAAACUUUCAUGAGCAAGCCAAGCAUUGCCAAGCGACGGGCUAAUCAGCAGGAGACUGAGCAGUUCUACUUCACGAAAAUGAAAGAGUAUCUGGAAGGCAGGAACCUGAUAACUAAGCUUCAGGCCAAACACGACCUCCUUCAGAAGACCCUGGGAGAAAGUCAAAGGACUGACUGCUCUCUUGCCAGUGGCAGGCGCAGCUCUACCAUAAGGAAGCAGGAUUCCAGCCAAGCCAUUCCCCUGGUGGUGGAGAGCUGCAUCCGAUUCAUUAGCAGACAUGGGUUGCAGCAUGAAGGGAUAUUCAGAGUGUCUGGAUCACAGGUUGAGGUGAACGAUAUCAAAAACGCAUUUGAGAGAGGGGAGGAUCCACUGGCCGGGGACCAGAACGACCAUGAUAUGGACUCAAUCGCAGGGGUUCUGAAACUCUAUUUUCGAGGGCUGGAGCACCCUCUCUUCCCGAAGGACAUCUUCCACGACCUGAUCGCCUGUGUCACAAUGGAUAACUUACAAGAGCGAGCACUGCACAUCCGGAAGGUCCUUCUGAACUUGCCCAAAACCACUCUGAUUGUAAUGAGAUACCUCUUUGCAUUCCUCAAUCAUUUAUCUCAGUUCAGUGAAGAGAACAUGAUGGAUCCUUACAACUUAGCCAUCUGCUUUGGACCCACGCUGAUGUCUGUGCCUGAAGGCCACGAUCAGGUCUCCUGCCAGGCUCAUGUCAACGAGCUGAUCAAAACCAUCAUCAUCCAACAUGAGAACAUCUUCCCAGGACCAAGAGAGCUGGAGGGCCCGGUCUAUAGCAGAGGUGGAAGCACAGAGGAUUACUGUGAAAGCCCUCACGGGGAGACGGCCUCAGCAGACGAUUCGGCUCAGGAUAUAACAGCUGAACACCAUACCAGCGACGAUGAGUGUGAGCCCAUAGAAGCGAUAGCAAAGUUUGAUUACGUUGGCCGAACUGCACGGGAGUUGUCCUUCAAAAAGGGGGCUUCUCUUUUGCUUUACCAUCGGGCUUCAGAUGACUGGUGGGAAGGACGCCACAAUGGAAUCGAUGGACUUAUUCCUCAUCAAUACAUCGUUGUCCAAGACACUGAGGACGGUAUUUCUGAGAGAUCCAGCCCCAAGUCUGAAAUAGAAAUCAACUCGGAGCCACCUGAAGAAAAAGUGACCGCCAGAGCCAGCGCCAACUGUCCAAGCGGCAGUCACGUUGCAGAUAUUUACCUUGCAAACAUCAACAAGCAAAGAAAGAAGCCAGAGUCUGGCAGCAUUAGGAGAGCUUUCCGUCAAAGCGAUAGCCAUGGGCUGACGAGCUCUUUGGCCGAACCAGCCUCUCCAGGAGCCGGAGCCAGUUCUAGACCUUCAUCUCAGCCCAUUAUGAGCCAAAGUCUCCCCAAGGAGGUUCCUGAUAAAUGUUCCAUCAGUGGCCACGGCAGCCUUAAUUCCAUCAGCCGGCAUUCGUCCCUGAAGAACAGGAUAGAGAGCCCACAGAUCCGGAAGACCGUGACCGCAGGAAGGUCAAAGAGCUUCAACAACCAUCGGCCCAUGGAUCCUGAGGUCAUUGCUCAGGAUAUUGAAGCUACUAUGAACUCUGCCUUGAAUGAACUGAGGGAGCUGGAAAGGCAAAGCAACGUAAAGCACACGCCAGACGUUGUCCUCGACACGCUAGAGCCUUUGAAAACCUCCCCGGUCGUGGCCCCCACCUCGGAGCCUUCCAGCCCUCUGCACACCCAGAUCAUCAAGGACUCUGAACCAGCCUUCCAGCGGAGCGCCAGCACUGCUGGCGACAUCCCGUGCGCCUUCAGGCCGGUGAAGUCGGUCAAAAUGGCCGCGCAGGUUAAACCUCCAGCAACUAGGCCAAAACCUGCGGUUUUCCCCAAGACCAGUGCCACUAGCCCCGCUGUUGCGUCUUCUCCAUCUCAACAGCCUACUGACAAGUCUUGUACUGUCUGAUGAACUAGAAGCCACGCUGUGGAUGUAAUGUUAUUGUUUCAGAUGAGGAGACUAUAUUAAAGAGACGCUAUAAUUCCUAUUUAACUAGUUUGGGACUUCUGUCGAAGGUUAGUUUGUAAGUUGUCACUGCCAGGAGCGCUUCCUGGGAGUGAAGACGUUAGUAAUUAAGCCUCAUCCCAAGCACUCUGCAUCGGUGAUGUUAGUACAACAAAAUCCAGCAUCCCACACGUAUGAGGUGGACAGAGUAAAACCCAUUAUCAGGUCACUGUGAAACAGGAGGAAAACUCAAAGGAGCAAUGAAUUGGUUCUUGGUUUAUAGUUGAUGCCUUGUUCAAAUGUUUGGCCACUGAAGGAAGUACUCAGUGGCAUCAUGUUCUGAAUACUGGUGUAGUGACUUAUAUAGUCUGUGCUUCGUUUGCCGCAGGGAAACAAUAAAUAGUCUAUUGCAUGUUUUGGUGCCACUGUUUGUGGAGCUUGGACAUGCCUGUUUCUUGUGCUUUAUUGCAUUGCCUGCUGGUGCCACUGUGCUUAAGGGUCUGUCUCAGUUUCCAUUACAUCCUCUGUUUUUCAAGGGUCUUAGCUCGUAGUGCUAGAGAUGUCUCUCCUGGGUUAAGACUUGUCAUGACGGAUAACUCUGGAACAGUCUUAGUUUUGCUGAGUUGCAUGUUAUGCGUCUGCUCAGCUUGAAAUGCAACACAUCUCUUUCAGAUUUUUAGGAGGACAAAAGAAUCCCAGAACGCAUUGGUUAUGGGUGCUCCAGCUGUGCUCCCAGAUUUUAAACAUGGCUCUGUGCUUUCUUUUCAAAUGACAUUUCCAUCCCAUUAGGCUAUAAAACAGUGUGCGAAGCGUGUGUCCUUCAGCAGGGACUUGAAGAUGGAAUGUAAAAAUGAGUUAACUUUUCGACACCAGCUGCCGUGCUCUCAAAGAAGCUGCCUUUCCUAACGCACAUGUCCUUGUUAUGCUUGAGAUGGGCCAAAACCAAAAUCUCCGAUCUGAACGUACCUAAAGCUUGGAUUCUCAAGGUCUCCAAACUUUUCGUCUUUUGAUUGUAAAUGUGUUGUUCUGUGGGCCGGGCCACCGUGAACCACUGGGGGUAGGGGGAGAGGGACACAAAGCAAAGGGACUUAGGCAGUAUAGUAUUCAACUUUAUAAAUUGCUUAAAUGCAUAUUCCUAUGAUAUAUCAUCGUGUCUUCAAAGGACUCUGCAGACAUUUUAAUGAAUUCUUAAUAUACGCGUUUAUAUGAUAGACUGUGACGGUCUCAAGUGCUAGCAGGCUGCAUAGACUCCUCUGUACUCGCUGGGAAUUUCCAGAAAGCUACAAUUUAAUGACACAUAGCGAAAGGAAAUGCACACGUUAUAUUAAAGCAGAGAUGAAUCUUGCAGUCCCGCCCAGCCAGUGAGGCUCUCCGCUGAUGUUUCAUCUUUGGCUUACCUUGUCAUGCCCGAGUUUUGUUUUGCAGUCUGGAAAUAGUCACACAUCUUAAAUUCUCAUCAUACCCACUCGAGCAAGAUGAGGAGGAAGAUGGUUUUCCCAUUCUCCUUUAGUUUCCUGUGAAGUCCUGAAUGGCAACCAGAAUUUCUCGUGGCUUAAUGUAGAUUUGUAGUCUUUUUAACUGGCAUUUUAUUAAAAACAAUACAUUACAUCUCUUUUGAGGGAAGAAAAAAAAAAAGUUGGCCUUAAAUAGUCACUUCCAGUUCAUUAAAAGGAGUUUGCUUGGAUAGACUUGCUGGGUUUUUUUUUUUUUCUCAUCUUUCUGUAAAAGGAGAGGAACUUCUGUAUGAAUGGUGUUUGAUGGCAAAUGACUGACCCUCUCUAUGCCCUGAAUUUUGGAGACUUGACAAGUGUGUUGGCAAGAGUGCAAAGGAAAUGCCGAAAAAAUUCUUGGGACCAUUCUCAUCGUUCAUUCUUCCUUCGUUAAUGUUCAGCAGCCUUUAUCUUUUGGGCACGCUGCAUCCGUGCGCUGCUUCUGUUGGACUGUAAACUGUCCCCAUCAAAGGGAACGAACCCGACUGCGUGACCAGCUAACUCGCUCUCAGGUUCCGAUGGACUCCAAGUACCAAGAAAUCUCACUUUCUUCUGGAAAAUCGAUUUACAACCAAUAAGCAAUUAGUGAUUUUUCACUCAGGCGAGACUCCGGCAAAUACGUUAUGUAGGUUUUUGUUUGGAUGGUGACUGGUCAAAGUGAAUGCUUGUCUCGCUACCCAGGAAAUGAGCAGAACAAGAUCCUGCUACGAAUUCACUUUGGCUCCUUAGUAAUGCCUUAUUUUCUUUUGGUUUAUGCCUCGCAUUUGUGUUGCCAAGGGACAGUAUCCAACUACACACAGCACCUUAGGACAAGGUGGUGGUUUCCUGUCCUCAAGACCCACAGUACAAGUGGCCAUAAGAGAUCAGAUGCUGGUCUCUGUAUGGAAUUAGUAUGCUUAUUUCUAGAGACCAGGACGCUGGAAAGAUCCUACUGACCGUAUCUUGGGCAAAUCAACUGGAAUGGUGGUGUGCGCUGUGCUUCACGUUCAGGUACGCACCUGGCAGCAUCGCCUGGAGAGCGUCCUUGAUGCUUCAACCAGCAGGAAAUGCUUCAAAAAAGCAAACAAACCCCCAAAACACCACUGGUAGCUUGUCUGUCUUGUGCCAUGGACUAUGUGGGGCUAGCAGUUGGUUUGUUGUAACUGGUUUGUGACAAACUUGUUGGGGAAAAAGGUGGAAAGAACUGGAAAAGACAACACUCUCCACUUGUCUGGUGGGCAUCUUACCGACAAGGUCAGCACGGCACGGGAAACAGGACGUUCUACUGCGUGGGGAAGUGUAUAUGUUACUUCAUAACUUCAUGUCCAGAAGAAUUAUUAGAUCUUCCAGGGAAAUGCAGUUUCGUAACUUUUAGCGUGUGUCACAUUUAAAGUAUAUUCUUUCCAAGAAGAGAAGUGUUGGUAACUGGAAUAAUGUAUGUCUGCUCCGGUAAUGCUUUGUAUGAACAUAAGACUUUUUUGUUUACUGAAUGUUGGAUUGAAAUGAUCCAAAGCGACCUUUUAAAAUAAAAAUACAAUUUUAGGUGAUCGGUCUUAAUAGUUUCUGCAGUUCUGACCUUGUGCAUUUUACUUCCUUAGUUGGAAGUUACUCCACCCUGCUUUAAUGCUUGCUCAUUUUCUGCCUCCCUGGGAAUCCAAAGGCUAACGAUUUAGGGCUUGUAAACUUAGUCCACGUAUCCAAACAGUGAGGUGUGACCAAAAAUACUUUUGCUUGAUCUUUACUGGAUGCUUGGUUGCAAUGAAAACCAUCAAAUACUUGCAAUACACUGUGACAGCAAAAGAGUUCUCCGCUAUGUAUUUGAAUGCCUGUUUCAAAACAGGGAGCUUUUGAGUUUCUUGUGAAGAAUACCUUUUUUUUAUUUUUUAAAUGUCGGAUUGUUCUUGCACGUAUAAUGUGUUCAGAUAAAGUACUGACAAACUCAUUGGCCAGAUCAAAGCCUAGUUUUGUAGUUGUUAGGGACUGGAAAGCACCUUGCAGAUCAUCGCGUCCAGCCUGUUAGAGUUUAGAUGGGAUAGUCUAUCCAUUAUGCCCCAAGUCUUCUACCUUAGUCUUGGGUAUGUUGUCACAAGCUAAGUUCCCUUAUCUAAGGGAGUUCUGCAACAUUAAAGCAAAGGGAAUACUUAAAGUAGAGUUUAGCCUUAACUUCCGUUUCUUUCCUAAGUGUUGGUCGAGACAUCAACGCUUCGUUGAACGUGGGGUAGGCAUCUCUGUGCACGUGAGGAUUUUGCCAGAGAAGUAAACUUCUGCAGUGAGCACCUCGCAGAUAGGUUACGGAAGCACCUUCCCGAUAGACUAGACUGGCCUGGAUCUGUCAGUUGAAGGGAGGUUGUAUUCCCAGUAGGGCAUAAUGCCCUAUUAAGGCAACUGAGCUAAUGGGUGUGUGUGCAUGUGUAUGUGUGUCGUAGUCAGACCAUACAUUCAAAAAGUCACAAGAUGCUGGAUCCUCUGCCCUAAUCCAGUGCACUAAUAUGCACAUGCUUAACCAUAAGCAUAUGAAAUGAUCCUUCUGCACAGAAGUGAAGCCUUCCUCCUGGGCUGUGGUGCACUUUGCGGGACGAGCCCUAAAGCCAUGGGGACUUGUUACAAAAAUUCAAAUGCAUUCACUCAUUUUGGCUUUGCAGUUCAGUCAGAGAAGAAAAGCCUAGGAACAGCAAUGGGUUCUCCACUUCUGGCAAGACCAUGGGAAGGAUUCAGAAAAGAAAACAUGUUUUAGCAUAGAUUUGCUUUUAUAAAAAUAUAUCACCCCUUUGGUGAAAUCAUCUGGCCUUGACUACCUAUCCCACAGCCACAGCAUGAGUUACCAGCAGAGAGGAAGCUCCUGCUUGUCACUAGUAAACCAGCAGCAACCAGAAGAUUGCCUAAAAGGGAAAUGAGUUUUUAAAAUGGUUGGAGUUAAAACUUGUGGUUGGAGGAGGCAUGAAGCAUUUGUGGGCUUAACUCCACUCGUGUCGCAGCUUCACAGGUCCUCUUUGAAGGUAUAUUCCCCCUACACAUGUCGCCUCGCUCUGCCACUCAUCGGUGCAGCUGCCUGGACUUAGAAACCAUUUCUAACCCGCUUGCUUGUGCCCACGCAAACUCCAAAGGGAGCCAUUAUGUUCUGUCUGCUGUGUAAUGCACGUGGCACGGCGUAUGCAGAAACUGCUUCUUGGACCUUCGGCUCUGCCCCUUCACCUCCUGGCUAUGCCAAAACGGUAGAGGGAAGGGUUUUGUCUCGGCGUAAAUCUCAAGUCGCGUUUCUAUUGAAGAAGGGAGCGGCAAAGCCGCCAUUUAAAAACUGGAAAACGUGCAGUUGGUUUCUGUUGUUUUUUGGACUUCCAGGAAUGUUGUUCAAUAGACUUUUGUUUUCCCGAAACGGAGCAAACAGAGGUGGGCUUGGGGGUGGGAAGGAGUCACAACUGUGCAAAUACCUGCUAGGUCAGGUUUCAGUGCAGGGAAAACAUUUGGCAGCUUGCAAUGGAAAUUGCAGACGGACCCUUCAUUUUAGCGGCACUACAAUAACUUGCUUUUUAAGUGGACUUCACCAGCCUUUCUCUAUCGGCAGAGUGCUGUAAUCUGCAUAAACUGAGUUCAGAGGAACUGGACUCUUAGCGUGCCAAAUUGCUGGAGCAAUACUUGUAAGCAACAGGUUCUUUAAAAGACCAGCUCUGAUAUAUGUAGCCACAGUAGGGCAAUUGAUGAAACUCUCCCAAAUUUGAAGAAUAGCAGCAAUGUCUCGAUUCUACUGUACGUAAGAAAGGUCAAUUGCAGUUGAGCAAUCGUGUCUUUCUUUCUUCUUUUAAUUUAAACCCUAAUCCUGCAGGAGCAGGCUAGGCUUCAUACAGCACAUCGGGGGUUUCUUUUUGUUGGUUUGUUGUUUUUUUUUGUUUUGUUUUUUAUUAACAGCAACUGUUUAAUGGUUUGGGCUGAAAUGUUACUGUUAAAACAAUUUCCAUUGUUUCAUGUCUUCUACACCAAUAUAUAUAUGGUGUAUAUAUUUACUUUAAAAACUGUGUAAAAUUGUACUUUGUAUAUACAACUAUGUACAAUAUGGAGGUACAUCUCUCUGUUUUUUUUUGUUUUUUUUUCCUUUUUGGUACAGUAUUGUACAGUAUUAGAAGAGUACACGUGUUGGAAUUGUUAAAUCCGUACUGGGGAAACACAAUGUAUCCGUUGUCAUUAGCAAUAGUUUUUGGGGAAAUAAAUGUUUCAGGUAUGGUGGAAAUGCUGACCUACAGACGACAAUAAAUGGUGUGUAGA